AAUAAUUUUGAUAGGAUUUUUGAAAGAGAAUGUAACAUCCAAAACAACGGUAAUUUUUUAGCUGCUCAUUUUACUUCUCCAGAAGAUAAUUUGAUAGAAGGAGUCAUCAUUCCAAGUAUUGAUCAAGCCAGCUAUAACGAUUCGGAUUUGUCAAAAUAUGAAUCAAAUUAUGAGAUUUCCGACCAAUUGGAAAGCAUUCUUGCAUCUCAAUUAGAUAGUGAAACCGUGGAAAUGAUACGCGAUCAUAGCAUCAAUGACAUUGAUAACAAUGAUGAUUUAUCGAUUUCUCAAUUUGACCAACAUCCCAACAUAAACUCUGAUGGUAUUUCCAAUGUUGUAUCGGAAGAUCCUUCUUCGGUAUAUACUAAUAAAGACAGUAGCGAUAUUGAUUUUGAUCCUGACAAAGUGACCAAUUCUUCAACUAUGACAGAGGAUUCAGCACAACUUACACAAUCACCCAAAACAGUGAACUUUAAAAUUCCUGGAACCGAGAGUUUACCAACUGAUGUAACUCCGUGUGCUUCAAGUACACAAAAGACAAUAAUUAGGAAUUCAACAUCUAUCAAGAUACCACUUCCAUCAAAAGGAUCUUGUGAUAACUCAAAAUUAAAAGCAGAAAGUAGUAUUAUUACUGAUGAAUUAGGAGUUGUUACUGUUCAACCACGUUGGAAAAAACAAUAUUUUUGUAUUCACUGUCACAAAUUAGUGGUUAAGUUACCUCGCCAUAUAGAAACAAAACACCAAGAUCUCAAAGAAGUACAACUACUGAAAAAUACUCCAAAAGGUUCCUCUGAAAGAAAAAAACUAAUUGAGAUUUAUAGAGACAAUGGACGUGCUAUGCAUAACACUAAUCCUGACUAUAAUACCGGGAAGCUAUUAGUGAGCCGUCGACCAAAAUCAGAGAACAAACCUGCCACUGACUACACAACUUGUCCCAAGUGUCUCAAGACUGUAACUAAAGCCAACUCUUACAAGCACUAUGCCGUUGAACUGGCAAAAAAAAAUGACAAGGAAGGAUUAGACAGAGUACUCCGGUUCAAAAAAGUUUAUAAAAAUGAAAUGCCGGAUUCUAUUAAUAAGAUAGCAAUGGAAAACCAGAGUAAAAUAAAACGGCAAAAAAUAGUAAUAUUGCCGAUGACGGAAGAUAUAAAACGACUCAUUUGCUAUUUAAAAGUUGAACGUAAAAGAUGCUUUGCGAUUUUAGAGCAUUCAUUUAACUUGGUAGAAUGGCUUAAUGGUUUGAAAGUUGUUGCCACUUAUCUUCUUGUAUUCAAUCGUAGGAGAGUAGGAGAUAUCCAGAACAUACUGAUAAGCGAUUUAAAACUUGAUGUCCCAUCCUGUUCACACAGUGUAAGAAAGGAUGACGAAGAGAAUGAUUUACAUGAUUCGGGUUCUCUGUCUGAUGCAAAUUUGCAGAUUAAUAAAAAUCAUAGUCUUAGUGAUGUUGAAAUGAUUAGUUCAAUCAGUGAAUUGAAAAAACCUAAGAAGAUUAAAAAAGAACCUCCAGAAAUAAUGGGAAAAGCUAAAAAAAGGCGCUGGCCCAAAACGGAACAAGAUAUUAUGUUCUCUGCGUUCGGGCACCAUGUACAAGAUGGAACUUUUCCAUCAUUGGAAGACAUAGAUGAACUACAAGAAAAACAUGCUUGUUUGAGAGAUCGCUCGAGAAAGUCACUUAAGACGUGGGUGUUAAAUCAACGAAAAGCUCUAUCAAAACCAAAAACCAGUAAAAUAAUAGUAGUUAACAAUCAUGCCGUGAGGUAUAAUUUAACGAAAAUUGUUAAACAAGAUUUUGAUCCACCGCAACUUGCUUGA